AUGAGUGACGAAACAAACUUUACAGACAAAGCUUUAAACCUAGUUACAAUUGCUCAAAAGUUGGCUCAGGAUCAUCAACAUCCUCAAAUCCAACCAAUCCAUUUAUUAGCUGCUUUCAUUGAAACACCAGAAGAUGGCUCUAUUUCGUACUUACAAAAUUUGAUUGAUCAAGCCCGUUAUGACUAUGAUGGGUUUAAGAAAAUUAUUAAUAGAACUCUGGUACGUGUUCCACAACAACAUCCUGCUCCAUCACAAGUAACUCCAAGUUACGCUUUCGGUCAGGUUCUUCAAGAAGCUGCUAAAAUACAGAAACAACAAAAGGAUUCAUUUAUUGCACAGGAUCAUUUGUUAUUUGCCUUAUUCACUGAUUCCUCAAUAAAACAAUUGUUUAAAGAGGCUCAAGUUGAUAUUGAAGCCAUCAAACAACAAGCCUUAGUUUUAAGAGGUAACCAAAAGAUAGAUUCUCGUGGCGCAGACACCAACACUCCAUUGGAAAAUUUAUCGAAAUAUGCCAUUGAUAUGACUGAACAAGCUAGAUUAGGUAAAUUAGAUCCUGUUAUUGGUAGAGAAGAGGAAAUUAGAAGUACAAUCAGAGUCCUUGCAAGAAGAAUUAAGUCUAAUCCAUGUUUGAUUGGUGAACCAGGUAUUGGUAAGACUGCUAUUAUUGAAGGUAUUGCUGCAAGAAUUAUCGAUAACGAUGUUCCAACUAUUUUACAAGGCUGUAAACUUUACAGUUUAGAUCUUGCUGCUUUGACUGCAGGUGCUAAAUACAAAGGUGAUUUUGAAGAAAGAUUGAAGGGUGUUUUAAAGGAAGUUGAAGAAUCCAAAACUUUAAUCAUUCUUUUCAUCGAUGAAAUUCAUAUGUUGAUGGGUAAUGGUAAGGACGAUGCUGCUAAUAUCUUAAAGCCCGCUCUGUCGAGAGGUCAUUUAAAAGUUAUUGGGGCAACUACUAACAACGAAUACAGAGCCAUUAUUGAAAAGGAUGGUGCAUUCGAAAGAAGAUUCCAAAAAAUCGAAGUCUUAGAACCAACUACUAGACAAGCAGUUGCAAUUCUAAGAGGUUUGCAACAGAAGUAUGAAAUCCAUCACGGUGUUCGGAUUUUAGACAGUGCUUUAGUUACAGCUGCACAAUUAGCUAAACGUUAUUUACCUUACAGAAGACUACCUGAUUCUGCGCUGGAUUUAGUUGAUAUUUCAUGUGCUGGUGUUGCUGUGGCAAGAGACUCCAAACCAGAAGAACUUGACUCAAAAGAACGUCAAUUACAAUUGAUUGAAGUUGAAAUUAAGGCUCUAGAGAGAGAUGUAGACACUGAUAGUACUACCAAGGAAAGAUUACAAAUCGCUAGAAAAAAGGAGGCCUCGUUAAAGGAGGAAUUAGAGCCUUUAAGACAACGUUACAACCAAGAGAAACAUGGCCACGAAGAAUUAACCAACGCAAAGAAGAAGUUGGAAGAAUUAGAGAACAAGGCUUUGGAUGCAGAAAGAAGAUACGAUACUGCAACAGCCGCCGACUUGAGAUAUUUUGCUAUUCCAGAUGUUAAGAAACAAAUCGAUAGAUUAGAAAAUGAAGUCGCAGAGGAACAAAAACGUGUUGGUGAUAACUCAAUGAUUUCCAAUGUCGUUGACUCUGAUACAAUUGCCGAAACAGCUGCAAGAUUAACUGGUAUUCCUGUUAAGAAAUUAACGGAAUCUGAAAAUGAAAAAUUGAUUCAUAUGGAAAAGGAUCUUGCCGAACAAGUUGUUGGUCAAUCCGAAGCCGUUAAAGCAGUUGCAAAUGCUGUUAGACUAUCAAGAUCUGGUUUAGCCAAUCCAAGACAACCUGCAUCAUUCUUAUUCUUGGGUCUAUCUGGUAGUGGUAAAACUGAGUUAGCUAAAACAAUUGCUAACUUUUUAUUCAAUGAUAAAGAUAUGAUGAUUAGAAUUGAUUGUUCUGAAUUAAGUGAAAAGCAUUCUGCCUCCAAAUUAUUAGGUACCACAGCUGGUUAUGUUGGUUUUGAAGAAGGUGGUUUCUUAACAAAUCAAUUACAAUACAAACCUUAUUCUGUUAUAUUAUUUGAUGAAGUUGAAAAAGCCCAUCCUGAUGUCUUAACAGUCUUAUUACAAAUGCUAGAUGAUGGUAGAAUUACAUCUGGUCAAGGUAAAACCAUUGAUUGUUCCAAUUGUAUUAUCAUCAUGACCUCCAACUUAGGUGCUCAAUUUAUUAUUGGUCAAGAAGGAUCUAAGAUUAAGGAUGAAACAAAACAAUUGGUAAUGACAGCUGUAAAAGCACAUUUCAGACCUGAAUUUUUGAAUAGAAUCUCAUCAACUGUUGUUUUCAAUAAAUUAUCUAAGAAGGCAAUUAUCAAAAUUGUAGAUAUUAGAUUAAAAGAAAUCGAAGAAAGAUUUGAAGCUAAUGAUAAACAUUAUAAACUAGAAGUUAGCAAAGAUGCUAAAGAUUUCUUAGCUAAAUAUGGUUAUUCUGAUGAUAUGGGUGCUCGUCCAUUAAAUAGAUUAAUUCAAAAUGAAAUUUUGAAUAGAUUGGCUUUAAGGAUCCUAAAGGGUGAAAUCUUAGAUAAAGAAAAUGUUAAAGUUGAGUACCAUGCUGGUCUAGAUCGUAAUGAUGAGAACUCUACAGAAGAAACAGAAGAACGUUUAGAUGUUCUUCCUAAUCAUGAGGCCAAGACUAUUCCUGACGGAGAAAAUUAUGUUGAUGACAACAUGGAUAUCGAUGAAUUCGAUUAA